AUGGAUGCUGCCGGGAAUGAACACAGCAGGACGGCGGCAGGAUUCAAGCCCAAGUUGAUCGAGCGCAUCGUGCACAACGUUUGGGAGAGUGCACACCAAGAGAGAGACGCAAUCUACGAGAGCAAAGAUGACGGCGACAGCAGCGCUGACGAUAUCUUGUCGGAUGUGCGAAGCAUCACCAGGAUACAGUCGGAUGCCCUCAAAAUGACUGCGGAACUCAUGCGUCUCUUUGUCCUCGACGCGCUGCAUCGUGCCCAGGAAGAAGCCAUGAUCGAAGACAGCACUCAAGUGGAAUCGAGACACGUCGAACAGAUCUUGGCACUCCUGUUACUCGACUUUUGACACGUGGCGCCUCACGCAGUGUAAACUCCCAACUCACGCUGCGGUGGCGAUCGCAUGAUGACCAUGCGCUGUGUCCAUCAAACCGUUUGUCGUUCAUGGCUCAUGCAACCAUCUCUUGGGUUUCCGACCAAAUGCUCAGGUGCUGCUCGCUUGAGCCACAUUUCGUGUGGCAAGCUUGUUAGAUUAUAUAAUAUUUGGAAAAAUCCAUCACACAGUAAUAUUUAUGGACA